GUUGAUUGGGAUAGCAGAAGCAUUCACUUUGAAAGCAACUCUGUGCACUUUUAACUCAUUUGGCUUUUGUACAUAACAGUACAUUGAAAGAAGCUGCAUACUUGUAUAAAGUAUCUAUAUUUUGAUUAUUGUAAUCAAUUUUUCGGAUUAUUAUAAUUGAAAUCAAUUAUCAUCGAUCAAUUGACGAUAGUUAAUUGUAAUUGUACACCAAAAAGGAUUCUCAAAGAGCGACGUAUACGAAUUCGUGCGCGUGAUAAUCGACAACUGAUCAAACCAGAAGUUGCACAAACCUGUUGAAGAGUAAAACCUCUAAUAGAAAAAUGGAUUAUUCUUAUUUCAAGACGGAAGUCUCCAAACGCAGACGACCUGCCCAAACACGGGAGCUAACUAAAAUAGCGUAUUCCGCGCCAAAAACUACCAUUUCCUUGGCAGAGGGAAUGCCCAAUGAAGAAACAUUUCCAUUCACGGAAAUCUCGGUUAAACUCUACGACGGUUCAUCCUUCGUUCUUGAGAAAAGCGAAUUAGGCGCUGCUCUUCAAUAUAUACCCACGCAAGGCUACCCUCCUCUUCUACAGGCCCUGAGGGAAUUCCAGAGAAGGGCACACGCGCCACCCUUAUGGGAGAGUCGCGACAUAGUCGUCGUUUCGGGGUCUCAGGACGGGCUUAGCAAGGCUCUAGAGGCUAUAAUCGGUACUGGUGAUCCGAUUUUAGUCCCCGAUCUCUUCUAUCCUGGCGUCGAAAUUGUGCUAGCACCUCACAAAGCGGAGUUUAUAAUGAUCCCACAAGAUGAGCAUGGUCCCAUACCGGAAAUAUUUAGAGAAACUCUAAAGAAUCGCCAGAUUUCUGGUGCAAAAAUGCCGAAAGUAAUGUAUAUAAAUCCUACGGGCACAAAUCCUACUGGCAUCAUUAUACCUUUGGAACGACGAAAAGAGAUCUACCAGAUAGCCUGCGAAUACAACUUUCUGAUAAUCGAUGAUGAUCCUUAUCAUUUUCUGCAUUAUGAUAAGGAAGAACCAAAAUCGUUCUUAUCACUCGAUACGGAAGGUCGAGUAAUUAGAUUGGAUUCAUUCUCGAAAGUGAUCAGUAGCGGUCUCAGAAUAGGAUUUAUGACCGCGACAGCUCCGCUGAUAGCCAGUGUGGAGCUUCACCUGCAGAGCAGUCACCUUCAUGCUCCUACCUUAUCCCAGGUCAUACUGUACAAGCUACUGAAAAUCUGGGGAUACGAUGGCCUGAUGCAGCAUUAUGCGAGUCUAAGGUACUUCUACAAAAAUCGAAGAGACGUUAUUUCGAUACUGGCACGUAAACAUUUGAACGGCUUGGCAGACUUUAAUGUGCCACAAGGUGGACUCUUCUUAUGGAUCAAAGUACGAGGAAUCAAAAAUACAUGGAAAAUGAUAAUGCAGCGAGGUAUCACAGACGGUGUCAUCAUGGCACCAGGAGCUGGAUUUAUGAAAGAUUCGAAACCUUGUAACGCUAUCAGGGCAAGUUUCGCCAAGGCUUCCUAUGAAGAAAUGGAUUUGGCAUUGAAACGAUUGGCGCUGUUGAUCCGAGCAGAGUUAACCGAAAAUUAUUUACAAAAUGUUAAUACGUGAUAAUACGAAUACUUUUAAACGUAACUGCAGACAGAAUCGAAAAUUGCUGUCUCUAUAGUCGGUAAAACAAAGUCAU